AUGGUUCCCGGAUCACCGACUCAGCAGCCAAACACGACUCUUGUGAAAGCCGGUAUCUUGCUGGCUUGUUUAGGAUUAGCGCUGUCCUGUGCGGCGUCGGCACCCUUGAUUCAGUUUCUGGGCAUCUCAUUUGGCCACGUUGACGCUAAAUUGCAAGCCAUCUCCCGCGCUUUUGAGAUCAAAAAGGUUGACCGGCCGGGCGGAUCCAGAAUGACGGAGCGGGCGGCCCCAUCUGAGUCGAGUAGAAUCUUCGUGGAGCCAUUUUGGAAACUGGCUUCAGGGUCUAACCCAGCCGGUCGGUCCAUAUUUGCCGAGCACCUAAUCUCAAAGCCAACAGUAGGUCAACACCAAGAAUCCCACCGCACCUGGGUCCUCCCAUCGCACAUCGUUACUGUAAGGGAAGACAUGGUGCCUGAUCCUACCCCAUACAUCGGACGAUGUACAGAUAGCUUCGGAUACCGACUCGUCCAGACGCUAUCACCGAGUGCUAUCACACGACACCUCGGAGGAUGCAAGAGGGAUGACAAUGUCCCCAAUAUGAUAGGCUCCUCGCCUCUCCGCGCCGACCCCGCGCGAGCAAUUGGCCGGUGGGCGCAAGAUAACGACCGCGAAGAACAAUAA